UGCCUCUCUCACUCGCACCAGUGUCAAACCGGCACAAUGAGUGAGUCCUAAAGGAGUAAAUGUACCUUGCCGUGGUCACCGACGGGUUCACACUAGUUCAUAGGGUUCAUCUGAGGAGAGGGCUGAACCCCUCCUCCUCCCCAGAGACCCACAGCGGAGCUAAUCUAAUGCUAUUCAUUUCUUUAUCAAUAACGGAUUUUCAUUCUUAAACACCGGACCAGCGAAAAGACUCCUAGUGUGUUGCUAGAUCACUACUGUGCAAUGGGGGAAAGUUCUACACUGAAGACAUGUGAUGUCAUCAUGGCUGUUCUAUGACACUGAAGCUCCAUAAAAUUCCUGUACAUGGUCCUGACUCUUAGAUCAUUUUUCACAAUUAGCCCUGCAACAUGGCCAGCAAAAGGAAGUCCACCAUUCCCUGCAUGAUUCCAUCCAAGAACAAACACCUGCGAGACGAAAUCAUGCUGGGAUGUUUACCAGAACUCCUGCCUACUAUACCUGAAGACAGCAUCUUGAGCAUCUCUGGUCAGGAGGAAGAGGAACAGAAGAUCCCCCUUGUUUUCAGACAUGAUGGCAACAAAUCAUACUGUGAAAGGGGAACAUACAGCUGCCCACCAUGUGGAUUUGAAAUGUCAGAUCUGAACCUUUUCCUCAACCACAUGGACAGCAGCCAUAUGGACUUUCACACACAACCAAUAUUUUACUGCCUGAAUUGCAAGGUUUCACUGGCAAAGUUUGAGGGUCUGGCAUUGCAUAACGCAAAAAUACAUCCCAAGCUGCACACAGCAGGGAGUCCUGGCAAAGUAUCUUUGCAGGUUACUAAGCGAGAUGGAGUUAUAAGAGUGGAACAGACACUGUUUACAGAAAGAGAGGAUUUCAGUGAGACUGGUAUAUCCAUUACUAAGACCCCAAUAAUGAAGAUGAUGGUCAAAGGGGAGCACAAGAAAAUUGUAGUUUCUCACACAGUUGAGGUACAGAGGCCAGAGUUUAGUGUUGACAAGGCCAUGACAGUAGCUAAUGGCACCACAGGGAGGAAUUUUCCCCCAUCAAAAGCACAAGUUCUGACUGGUACUGGUUCUGUCUCAGUGAUGAAACUGCCAAACACUCAUGGCAUACCAGUAACACAGAACUUAAGGCAUUCUAUCCCAUCUGGUCCCAUAUCAAACAGUGAUCUCCCAAAAGUAAUGAUUCCUUUAAGCAGCAUUCCCACCUAUGAUCCCGCCAUGGACUUAAGCAGUUUCCUUAAGACUUCUUUCGGCAAGUUUCCAUACCCCACCAAGGCAGAGCUCUGUUAUUUGACUGUGGUGUCUGGUUUCCCAGAGGAGCAGAUUAAGCUCUGGUUCACAGCUCAGAGGCUGAAACAAGGCAUCAGCUGGUCUCCUGAGGAAAUUGAGGACACAAGAAGGAAGAUGUUCAACACUGUGUUCCAAGCUACACCUAAAUCAUCACAAAGGCAAUCCUAUCAACAGUCUCCCCAACACUGUGUCUCUGUUAAGUCCACUUCUGCAAGCUCUGGCUACAUACCACAUGCGCCAAAGUGUAGUUUGAUAGGAUGGAAAGGAGGGGUCAUAGUCACCCAGCCAGGUAUAACCCAAGUUUCCCCUCUAAGGCACCAAUCAGUGGUGGAUACACCACAAGUCACUGUUCGACAUGGGAUCUUCACAAAGGAAACUGGAAAUGGGUUAUUCUCAAUGAAAGCUGAGAGCAGCUCAGUAAGCCGAGCGGAUCACAGACGUGGUGAAAAAACUGAGACAGGAACCAGUGGACCUGGCACAACCAUUAGCAUAGUUGGUGGCACAGCCAGUGCAAGUGUGUCAAAUAGUGCUAAUCAGAUGAAAAACAGUAGUUAUACUGAUGGAAGCAUAAUGAACUUGACUAACAUUGUCAGGAAAAUUGAUUGUAAUGUAAAUCACAGAAACACCAAUUGCACCAGCAAAUCCUACACAAGCUCAUCUUCCAUAUGUGGACAGGAGAACCUAUUGACAACUGACAAAAAAGAAAGCAGCAACUGCAACAUCGCCACCAGCAGCAAUUCCAGUAAUGGAAGUAUUUACAAAAGCACCAGCCACAGUACUAUUUGCACUAAAAAGGAGGGCAACAUAUCUGACUACACCAGCAAAGCAAGGAACACUGACUCUAACGUCACUUGUAGCAGCACUGGAGCAGAUGGGUUUUCGCCAGUCCUUACCCACAGCCUUAGUGUCCAGACUGGUAGUCUGCUGGAUCCAUUCCUUAGUAAGAGCAAGAGCAAACUGCCUGAGGAACUAGAGACUUUAAAGCAAAGCAUUAUCCAGAGCCCAUUCUCAGAACAGUCAAAACUCAUGGCAGCCAUGGACGUGCCCAUAUGGGAGGCCGAUAAACCGUACAGUAGUAGCUUGACAGAGUCGCAGUUGGCUGCAGAGCCAUUGCUCAGUAAUAUGCCCACAACCUCUUUUUGCUCAGAUGAUUCAUGCCUUCAGGAGGAUAAAAAUAAACCCUCCUCUAAGUCUCUGCCUGCUCAAGUACAGAAACUUUCCCCAAAAACAAUUCUGGGAGCUUCUCAGGUUCCAUCUCCAGACUUCACUGCCAUUCAUUACAGGGACCAUGAACCCCCUGCCUUAGAGGAUGCUCCUCAGCCAUCUAAGGUUGUUGUAGACAUGCCAAAUUUUAACAGCAAAGUUAAGCAAAGAGAAACUGAUUAUAGGUUUUUGGAGCAGCAGAAAAGCCAAACAAACAAAAUGUUUUGUAACACUAACAAAGAUGAGCACUCUAGGAUAGUACACAUGCUACACACUUUGGAAAAGGAUGAGAGUAAAAAGAUGGCUUCAGGGGAUGAGAUACUGCCUCUCCAGCAGCACAAAGAAGAGCUGGACCACUGGGAGGAGAGCAGCUAUUAUGAUCUAAAGAACAACCUUGUGAAGAUCAGCAGCUUCAAGCCCCUCAAAGAACAGGAGCACACGUCUGAGUGCAACAGGAAGAAAACAAAUAACCAGCAACUGGAUGAAGAUGAUGGUUCCAAUUAUGAAAAUGGGUCUUCAAAGUGGCAAGCAAGCCACCAGUUUGUUGAGGAUGAUAAAUAUAUCAACAAACAUUCAAAGAGGCAUGAUGACCAGACUAACUGUAGGGAGCUUGAAACUAAUUCUGAGUAUCUCAGCUCAGAGCGACAAAGUAUUUUUCAGAAUUUCGACACUCGAGUUCCUAUGGCAGCAAAGAAAAAUUUAGAAGGGAAAGAAGAGACUGUGGAGAAAGCACCACCAAAAGAUCACUGGUUGAUGAAAGAUGGAGAGCACCAGCAAGACACUCAGUCAAGAGACUGUAUGAGAGGAGAACUGCUGAAAGUAUGAGGACCCCACAUGAAUGCUCACUUAUGCUCAAGUUUUUAACUGUUUUGAUAUAUGACAGCAGAUCAGACUGUUGUCAGUGAAGGACUUUUGUGGUGUGCAUCCUGUCAUUGAGUGACAGAGGCUCUGUUGUAGGUCAGACUUCAUUUUGUAAGAGGCAAAAGUAAAGUAGGAAAUGUACAUGGUUGUAACUGCACUACUGAGGGUGUUCUAGACUGUACAACAAAAUUGUAUAAGUGGGAUGUUGUGAUACUUCGUAUUAUUUCAAAUAAUCAGCACUUCUGCAUUGCCUUGAGUUUUUAUUUACUAAUGUUUUCCUUCUGUAUGUCCAGAUUGAAAAAGCUUAAGAGCAGUUUAAUUUUCAUAAACAAAAGCUGAGCAGUUACAAGUUUUCACUCUUACCUGCUUUAGUGGUGUUUGUUUGCACAAACCAGAGAUUAGCCAGACAUGGUAACAUUGCCUUAACAGUCACCCAUUUACUUGUAUGACUGGCUACCCAAUUUGCUUCCCAGCAACUGUGUUGUAAAGACAAUGAUGGGUGUACAAAAGUGUGGGGUAUAAAUCCCAAGAGAACUGCUGCUAUACUUUUUAAGGAAACUGAGUGUUUUUUUUUUCUUCAGAAACAAAAUAUUAUAAUGUGAAAGGUUAAAAAGAAGUGGAAAUAAUUUGUUAACUUAUAAUGGAAAGAGCUUGAAACAGUGUGCUUACAGUCCAAGUGAGAAGGAAUUCUCAAAGCCAGCCAAAACAAGUGUUCCACUAACUGGAUAUUCCCUAAGUUUAUGAAGUUGGUCUUUUUUUAUUUACACAUUAUGCAUCACUGAUAUGCUGCUAAAUUGAAAAGAAAAAAAAAUCCAAAGUGAACAACCUAAAGGUGCUUCUCAUCCCAUAUCAUUUGCAUUUGUAUAUCACAUUAUUUUUAAACAAAAUAUUAAAAUCUGGACUUACAUUA